AUGUCGCCUCCAACUAUAGAGAGUACGUCUCAAUCGAUCUACGACAAUCUUAUAUCCACAAUCAUCCAAGACAUUGUUGCACGGACCACUACGCAAGCCCAAGCUCUGCGUUUUAGAUAUGGCGAUGAUCCGAAGCCCUACUACUACGACAAAUCAGGCAAUCUUGACAUUCAUGGGAUGCCAAAACAGCAAGAUAGUGCUAUUUAUUUUCACUGUGACAAUUGCAACAGAGACGUCUCGGCAAAUCGGUUCGCAGCACACGUUGAAAGGUGUUUGAGCCGUGGUAGGAGAAGCUAG